AUGACGGGUCUUAUCGACAAGGACCAAUUCCCGACCUUGGUGGUCCUUUGGAAAUCGCUGCUGAGUUCUUCAUGGCCUGGAAAUGAAAUCUACAAUAAAAUAGCUGGCUACAACUCCCUCUCCGCGGAUGCCGUACCCCUAGACGAAUCCCCCGUCCUCAAACUCGCCAGCGCCACCAAACUCAUCACCAGCAUCGCACUCCUCCAAUGCAUCGAAAAAGGCCUCAUCACCCUCGACUCACCCCUCACCGAGAUCCUCCCCGAAUUCGCCGACAUCCAAAUCCUAACCAACGUCUCGGGAUCGGACUUCACCUUCAAGCCGAGCAAAACCGCAAUCACGGCGCGACAUCUUCUGGCACAUACUUCGGGGUUGGGAUAUCCGUUUACGAAUCGACUACUAGGUCUGAGGGCACAGGCUAGAAAAACUCUUAAGCCUUCGCUCCGUGUUACAGAGAAAUAUAGGUAUCCGUUAGUCUUCGAACCGGGGACUGGGUGGUUAUAUGGCUGUAGCCUCGACUGGGCUGGGGUGGUUGUCAGUCGAUUACACGAUGGAAUAUCCUUAGAAGAGUAUAUGAUAGACAACAUCUGGAAGAAAGUAGGCCUUUCAGCCCCCUUCCCGCGAUUCAAUAUAUCAACCCAUCGCGAAUACAACGCCCGGAUCAUGCACGGCGCCGUCCAAACUAGCGACGGACGACUGGAACCCUGCGAUAGCUGGGCAUUCGAUAACCCCGAAGACCAAGAGGGUGGUAGCGGUCUCUCCUCCACGGCGAAAGACUAUCUGGCCGUGCUGGCAGAUUUGAUCUCGGAGUCCCCGAAACUGUUGAAACCGGAGACUAUCACGGAAAUGUUUACGCCGCAGCUUGUGCCUGGUUCGGCCAGUGUGGAAAUGCUCUUGGAGUUAAGGGCUGCCUGGGGGACUGUUGCUGGGCCUGUGGCAGAUGAUGCUGUGAAUCAUGGGUUGGGUGGUGUGUUGUUUACUGGACCGGUGGCUGAGAUAGGGCAGCCCGCAAAUGUGCUGGCCUGGGGUGGGGCGACGAAUAUUGUGUGGUGGGUGAGUCGAGAGUUGGGCGUUGCGGGCUUUUUCGCGACGCAGCAGGCUCCGUUUGGGAAUCCGACGGUUACGAAGCUUGUUAAUGCUUGGAAGAAGGAUUUUUGGAUGGGGUUUAACCGGGCGGAUCAUGUCUAG